CUUCCGGGUUCCGUCAUUUCAUUCUCCCGCCGAUCAGCGCAGCAAACUGACUCUGUUCUAUAAGCAAGCUAGCAGCCAACCUGCCAACACUCGCUGACACUCACUCAUCUCAGACCGCGAGAUAGACGAAAUACCUACGGGGGAAAGGAAAGAUCUGAAUUGCAAUCUCUUAAUUUCUAUUGCUUUUUCUUUUUACAGUAAUAAUAAAACAAGAUAGCAAUCCGGAGGCAUAAAGAGGACGCGGACUUGCUGGAUGAAAACGGGCUGAAAAGAUUCAUCCUCUCUUGAACAUCAUCACCAACCAUCAUUCAUUCAUUACCUUGACAACCCCUGGCUUUGAUUGACAGCUGGAGUGGCAAAAAGCCACGAGACACGACAGUUUAGUUACAUGCAGGUUGUUGAUGGGCCGAUUGUAACCUUCAGUUUGGUGUUUGACAUUUUUUUUUAUUUUUGGGGGAAAGAGGAAAACAAGAAAAAUUGCAAAACUCCUCCUGAUGCUUCUGCUUGCACUCUACCACAUUGGAGAAUAGGAGAAUUCGCAAAGUUGGUUGAAAAAGGAAUCUUACCAGUAAAUCACUUUCUAACCUGACUGGGAUAUUAAAUAUACGACACAUCCAGGAGUUUAUUGGAGCGCAGCCUGAUGGCGCAAAGGUACGAUGAGCUGGCCCAUUAUGGUGGGAUGGACGGAGUCGGGGUCCCGGCGUCUAUGUACGGAGACCCGCAUGCUCCACGGCCGCUACCCCAAGUCCAUCACUUGAACCAUGGACCACCGCUCCAUGGCCAGCACUACGGUGCUCAUGCACCCCAUCCCAGCGUUAUGCCCAACAGCAUGGGCUCCGCUGUCAACGAUGUUUUAAAGAGGGAUAAAGAUCAAAUCUAUGGUCACCCAUUAUUCCCACUGCUCGCGCUGGUUUUUGAGAAGUGCGAACUGGCGACGUGCACUCCGAGGGAGCCUGGGGUAGCAGGCGGCGAUGUCUGCUCCUCCGACUCCUUCAAUGAGGACAUCGCAGUCUUUGCCAAACAGGUCCGAGCAGAAAAACCUUUAUUUUCAUCAAAUCCAGAGUUGGACAAUUUGAUGAUACAAGCCAUACAAGUAUUACGAUUUCACCUUUUGGAAUUAGAAAAGGUGCACGAGCUCUGCGACAAUUUUUGCCACCGGUACAUCAGUUGUUUGAAAGGAAAAAUGCCAAUAGAUCUAGUUAUUGACGAGCGGGAUGGAAGCUCGAAGUCAGACCACGAAGAGCUCUCAGGAUCUUCGACCAACCUAGCCGAUCACAACCCAGCUUCCUGGAGAGACCACGAUGACGCCACCUCCACACACUCGGCCGGCACGCCAGGGCCCUCCAGCGGGGGCCACGCUUCACAGAGCGGCGACAACAGCAGCGAACUAGGAGAUGGUUUAGAGAACAGCGUGGCGUCUCCUGGCACAGGUGAUGAUGAUGACCCGGAUAAGGAGAAGAAGAGGCAGAAGAAGCGCGGCAUCUUCCCCAAGGUGGCCACCAACAUCAUGAGGGCGUGGCUGUUCCAGCAUCUCACGCACCCGUACCCUUCUGAAGAACAGAAAAAGCAGCUAGCCCAAGACACAGGCCUGACCAUCUUACAAGUAAACAACUGGUUCAUUAACGCCAGGAGAAGAAUAGUACAGCCCAUGAUUGACCAGUCAAAUCGAGCAGGUUUUCUUCUUGAUCCUUCAGUGAGUCAAGGAGCAGCGUACAGUCCGGAGGGCCAGCCCAUGGGCAGCUUCGUGCUGGAUGGCCAACAGCACAUGGGGAUCCGGCCAGCUGGUCUGCAAGGCAUGCCAGGGGAGUACGUACCUCAGACUGGCCCUAUGGGCAUGAGCAUGGCCCCACCAAGUUACAACCCUACUCAUCAGAUGACCCCUCACCCCUCCCAGCUUCGACAUGGACACCCCCUCCAUCCCUACCUGCCCGGCCCCCACCACCCUCAUCACCCCGCCAUGCUGAUGCACGGAGGACCCCCCUCUCACCCAGGAAUCACCAUGUCUGCAGAGAGUCCCCCCCCCUGCUGACCCCCAUUGACCCCAGCGCUGGAGGACAAGGCUUGGACAUCCAUGCCCAAUAGUAUAAGCAAACUUUACUACCACAACAUCAACAACAACAGUAGCUUCUAAGAGAAGAAAACAAACAUCAACAACCCUAAAACAAAGAUAUCUUCAGACAAUUUUUCUGAAUAAAGCAGAACCCUUUUGACCAUUAUUAGACAGUAAAAACAGAAUUCCAGAUGAGCUGUGAUGAUUCUUCUUCUUUUCUUUUUUUAAACUUUUCAAUCUUGUUACUUUCAUCCAAAUGGAGGACCAAGCUGACAAGAACACUUUGUAAAGUCUUGGGCUUUUGUUAAAGAUCAACAGAAGAUGUUUUGAGGACAGACACGUACGUGCGCAAACACGGACACACGCACACACUUAAGACACACGCAUUCGCACACACACAGUGCACACUCUCUCCAGUGACACGUUCAACUCAUUUUUCUAAACGGAAUCACUCUGGAAGAUUGAGAGAAAAAAGAAAAAGACAAAAAGACUCCAAGAGUUAUAACUACUGUAGUAUAAAAAGUAUAGCAACUAAGUUAAAAUGUUUGCAUUUUUUGUUGAUCACUCAAUUUCCUGAGCUAGUUCUAGAAUAAAAGGUGAACCCUUUCUCUCACACUGUGUGUGCUCCUUCCUGGAGGAGAAACUGUCUCGGCGGCGCAGCAGCCCUAUUAAAAAGAAAAGAUGGAACAUCUCAACAACGGACGCCCACUUGCUCCCAACCACAGCGACAGGCAGAAUAGGCCCUGUCCCCCAUAAAGAACAGGGCAUGAUGGGAAAAGGUUGCUAAAUGACACCUGAUCUCUCCAGAAGAUUCAGUUUGAACAUGUUUAAUGCCCCUCUUUUUUUGGUUCAUGAAUGAAUGUUACCCUGUAGGUAUAUACAAAAAAAGUUCUUAGUUUGAAUUGCCCAAGCACUGGAUUGUGUUGGUUUUAUACAUUUUUAUUUGACUAUUAUUUUAUGUUUUUGUAUCCUGGACUCUCAUUGACAGAGCCUAUUGAAGGAAACGUAAUAGUGGAAAAGCAGCAUCCUACUCUGCUUCUUUGCCUCUGGAUCAACAUACUUGCCAUAUGGACAAUACUGACACAAUGGUGAAUUCUUUGGCACUGGGAGAAGCAAUUGAUGGUAGAUGCACCCAAAAACCUAAAACUUCAAAAAAGAAGAAAAAAAAGAACUUAAAUUAUGAACUCAAAGCUUUGGGAAAAAGCUAAGAGAAUAUUGUAACAAACUUCGUACAGAGUUCAGUCUAUUAAUUGUUUCAUGUUAGAUAUUCUAUGUGUUUACCUCAAUUGAAAAAGAAUGUUUUUGCUAGUUUCAGAUCUGCUGUGGCAUUGAUAUUGUAUGUCCAUGAAUUCCUUCCUUUUUCAGCACGUGUUCCUCACUAGAUGAUAAAAUGCCGUCUCCCUUAAGCUUUGUCAAAAAUACCUUAAAUACUUGUAUGAGGACUGUGACGUAAUGUUUAAAAGGUGUUCAGUCACAAAUGCUGUAAUAAAUAUUUCAUUUUUGA